UUACGAGGUGGACCUAGUGGUGUUACUCAGAGAUGUGUAUGAUGAUGAUGUUUCUGUGAGAGAGUGAGUUAGUGCGCGCGAGCGCAUAUGUGCCUAUGCGUUUGCCCUUAUUGUUGGUGGUGGUGAGUAGUGUGUUUCUCUCGUUUGUACGAUCAUUUGACGAGGGGGUGGAGGAAGAAGAGGAGGACGAGGAGGACGACGACGACGACGAAGACGCGUUGUCACGUUUCACGUGGACGAGCGUCCUUCGUUAUUAUAUUUCAAGAAAACAGACGGUGGAUAGGUGAAAUUUUACGAGACGCCGCUUGUUCGUCGCUUCAGUUAUCUCUUUGAGACGAUCGAGAGAGAGAGAGAGAGAAAGAGAGAGAGAGAGGGGGGGCUGGAGGGGGAGAAAAAGAGGGCACUUCUGCGCUAGACAGAAGGAGGUAUCACGGUUGUGUUGUUAGUUAGCCAUCGUAAACAGAAAUGUUGACAGUCCUAUUUGGACGUAGAAAAUGAUUGUUAAAAUAUAUAAAGAAUAAAAGAGGACGAGUUUGGACGUUGUCGAGAGGAAGGAAACCCGUUGACGACGUUCGACGCAUACGCCUCCCCGCUAGGAAUUCUCCACCGUGGUUCAAGGUCUUCUAAAAUCAUCCAAGUACGUGCAGAGUCGGUCUGCCUGCCAAGGCUCCUCGAGAGAACAAGACGGAGGUUUCUCUUUUAACGAGAAAAACAACUUUAUUGUUAGUCCGAUUUACUUUUCUUUCUUGAUAUUCUGUUGGUGCACAAGUUUUUGGUGCAGGACACUCUGCACGACGUUGACAUUAACGUUGACGUUGACGUUGACGUUGACUUUGACGUUGACGCGUCAACGUUUCACGUUUUAUUCCUUUACGUUAAGAAAAAGUAUCGUCGUUUCUAGUGUUACUUUAGAAGCUGUGUAAAAGAAAUAAGAAGGAAUACAGCAGGUACGAAAGGAGCAAGACAAUUUUGGAAGUUCAUCCAGAAGAAGAGAAUGUGUGUGCCAAUCGAUGAAACAGAGUCUUCCUUUCCGAUUGUUUCGAGUAAUCGAUCUAACGUGAUUUGAAAUCGUGAUUCCACUGCCAAAAAAGGAGACUUUAGAAGUUCCAAGAGAGAGAAAGGAAAAAGAGAGUGUGAGAUAGAAAAGGAUAGAAAGAUGGCAAGCUGUUAGAUUAGUUUAGAGAGCCCACGCAUAACUUGGAAGUCUUCCCGAAGAAGCAUUGUGUUGCUGAUUCGAAUCUAAGAAGAAUUAAUCUUCCCCCCUAGUUUUCGUCAUUAAGAUCAACAUCGAGGAGUAUCGUCGUCGUUUAUACGGCAAUGCGGUGGCAUAUUCAUCGUCGAACCUUAUCGCGCAUUUAUUCUUCGUGUUGGGCAAAGUGGAAGUUGCAAGAAUAACGGCGAGGAUGUUCGGGAAGGUGCCGGUCGGCGGUAUAAAUUCAAACGCAGGCCCUGGACCACCUAAUGAAAAUUCUACGAGCAGCAAGGUGUCGUACGCGAGGCCAACGACUGGGGGGACAACAACAACAACGACGUGCCUAUCGUGUUACGAAGUAGCAGCUAUUCAGUCGAGUGCUUCCGAUGAUAAAGCAAAGUCUUGGUGUCCGGUGGUAUCCGAGUUAUCGUCAACGUGUAAUAAUCUUUCGCAAGAUCGUUCCUAUCCCUUGUCCACUUCGUCAUCCGUUUCGGAGAUCAACGGGGUGACGAGAAACGAACAACAACAACAACAACAAGCUUCUUACUCGACCAACAGGAAUCAGCAACUCGCCAAUAAAUCCUCUUCUUCCAUUAAAGAUUCCACGAGGAUCCACAGAUGCUAUUCCAAUCCGAAUUGUCCUGGUCUAGCGAGUACAGCAACGAAAACGUCUAUCGGUAGUAAUAUUUCGCCAAGAUCCCAAAGAAUUGCAAUUAAUUCCGUGACUUCGAAUCUCGAGCCGAAACUAAUAAGAAAACAUUCGGUGGGUAGUCGAGAAUUGUUGGCCUCGUCUAAAUCUAAUUUCCGAGAUUUUGGUCAAUCGAGAAACAACGAUGAUAGAUCCGAAAACGUUGACGAAGUUUCUAAUGUCGUUGACGAAUACGUGGAUCCUUCGACGAUCCUGACGGGCACCACUACUUCGUCGAGUGUUCAUCAAACACGAGCUACGCUAAAAUCUAGCUCGAGGUCUAAUUCAACGAGCUGCGAUAAUUCUUGUUGCUUCGAAAGAACCACGGAUAAUAAAAGUGAUCCUAUCUCGGCCAAGGAUCAUUAUCAUCAUUAUCAACAACAACAACAACAACACCAUCAUCAUCACCAUCAUCAUCAUCAUCAUCAUCAUCGCAACAAUCUUGCCCGUACCCCGGCCGAACUUUUGCAACAAAAUUGCAUAGACUUCGUCAUUCAAGAUUUACCGACCGAAUUACAAUCCUCGCCUAGAAGUUACAAGGAUCGUGAAAAAACUCGGGACACCUGGAGACCAACCGAGAUGGAGGGGACAAAUUUGUGCGGAUUGAACUCUUGCUCCGGUGACACCUUCCAAGAUGGUAACACGUCCAAGAGGAGAACCGGUGCAUCCUGUCAAGCCCUCAGGCACGCCGUUGCUUCCUUGAAUCGUCUCGAUGACUUUUAUAUGGAGAAAAUCGGCGCUGGUUUCUUUUCCGAAGUCUAUAAGGUUACACAUAAGGUAACUGGUCAGGUGAUGGUAUUAAAGAUGAACCAGCUGCCUGCUAACAGGCCGAACAUGUUAAAAGAGGUUCAACUUAUGAACAAGCUCAGCCAUUCGAAUAUACUCAGGUUCAUGGGAGUUUGCGUCCACGAGGGUCAACUGCAUGCCUUGACGGAAUACAUAAACGGUGGUAGUCUGGAACAAUUAAUAAUGUCACGGCAUACACCGUUGCCCCACCUGAUACGUAUGAAUCUUGCAAGAGACGUAGCACGUGGUAUGGCCUAUUUGCACAGUCGUGGCCUAUUUCAUCGGGAUUUAACUUCAAAGAACGUUCUCAUCAAGAAGGAUGAGACAACGAAUGAGAUGACUGCGGUGGUCGGUGAUUUUGGAUUAGCAGCUAAGAUACCAGAUCCUAGUUCGGGUUACAGAUUGAGCACGGUCGGCAGUCCUUAUUGGAUGUCACCGGAAUGUUUGAAGGGUCAAUGGUACGAUCACAGAUCGGACGUUUUCUCAUUUGGUAUCGUAGUUUGCGAACUGAUCGGACGCGUUCCCGCUGAUCCAGACGUUUUACCACGCUCAGAUAACUUUGGCCUCGAUUAUCUGGCCGUGGCGGAGAUCUGUGCGGCUGCCGACCCACCACCUGCCUUCCUACAGCUAGCCUUCGAUUGCUGUACCUACGAACCGAAAUCGAGGCCAACCUUCCCGGAGAUCACGUCCAGUCUAGAUAGCAUGAUCAGCAAUUACGAGGAAGAAUCUAAGAAUAAUAUUGGUAAUAGGCAAUCGACCGAUCCUACUUUAAUGUCAAGCAUGGACGAAAUUGUACGAGAAGGCCGUACGAUGAGACGAAGGACAGCUCGACUUAGAAGUCAAUCUGCUGAUGCGAGAGGUUGCGAUAAUGCGACGCCAUCGGAUAAAGCUAGGUGUCAUUCGGCGAGAAGAGUUGCUGAGCUAGCUAGCAGAAGAGACCCGCAUUACAGGCCAAUGACAGCGAAUCCAUUUCACGCGUUGGGUGGAGUCAAGAAAAUUUUGGGAGACCUUUUUUCCAGUUGUUUGGAGUUGCCAUCGCUCGAGGAUGUUAGGCCAAGCGUAACCGAUGCCGUUGGCAAGUUCAAGCCAGCCCAAAAUGAUAGUAUUGCCAAAAUUCUCGAUAGAAAGAAGCCUAAUUCGGAACCUAGCAGUCCUACGGCAAGAAAGAAAUGGGAAAGGAAGGUGGCUACUAAAGUUGGCGCGGCUAGUCUUUUCGCACAUCCCCUUUUCCGAGACGGAUGGGAACCAAGAAGAAGGGGCAGCUGCGAAUCGGGUUUCUGGAGUUGCGUUGGAGAAGAUCUCAGCCCUGAACCACCUAAUCGUCGACACACGUCAACCCUUAGCAGUUCGGCAGCUAGUAGCCUAUUCUUAUUGGACGAUCAUAGAACCAGCUCGAUAUACACGGAUUCUUCCGAGGACAUAGCAAGUCUCGGUGGUGGAGAUUCAUCUUGUUGGGAGGAUAGACUUAGUGGGGUAGGGUCAUCUAGUAAAACGAUUUCUAAGAUAGUUGAAUAUUUCGAAAGGAAACAGGCAACGGCGGGUAGCCUGAGACUUUGCGAUCACGACUCGGUAGUUCCUAGCAGGAUGAGUUUGUUGAAAGCAAGUUUGGAGGGUCCAGUUCCAUUGUGUAGUAUUUCGGCAGCUCAGAGGUUGGUUGUUUGCGAGGGUGCAGUUCGCAGCAAGCUCCCUCUUUUCGAUAAAAAAUGAUCGAGCCCGUUAACACGCGUAACCUUCGUUACUUAGAAUUAUCUUAUUUCGUCUAUGAUAUUUUUCCCUUGACAAAUUAUUUACCUUACACGUGUUAAAGGAACCCCAUUUUUUCACGAGGCAGCACGCUCUGUUGCGCAUAAUAGAUGUCGCUGAAGAUUAUGAUAAAUAAUAUCCGAAUGGAUUAUAUGUAUCGUAUAAACGUGUCUCAAUGAUGAAAUCUAGUAACCCGACUGUGAUGUUUUUGAUAAUCUA